GAAAUAGAAAACCCGGGUAUUGUCUCUAAAAUCUGCAUCAAUAUAUUCCACGGCACUGUGUCUAUCUAUCCCUGUGCCUUUUUUGAAGGCUGAAGUUGAGGCUCGUUGUGCAUUCUUUUUCGUUAGAUUCCAUGAUUUCCUUGUUUGUUGCUAAAAGUAACUUUUUAGAUAGUCGUAUCCGUUUGCCAUCAGCUAUUGAAAUCACUCCUGACUCGUUCUUGUCACACCAGUGUAUUUAAAGUUUCAUGAAGUUAGUUCACGUCAUUAGCAUGUUUGAUAUGGUGGAGCGUGUGGAGCCUGGUGGAUUUUAAUAUUUCACAGCAUAUUCUGUGACCUUGAAGUAGAUGCCUUAAGAUUUAGCAGUUAGUUCACUGUGGAAAGAUGCUCCCAUGAGUUCCCCCAAAGACACUGAUUUGCCCUGGGUUAUGCUUCUGAGCCACUAAUUCUUGGGAUUAGUUUGAGCUAAAGCAUGGCUGUCUGUCAGAGUAUACCUUUGUGCAUUUCCUUCCCUCACCAAAGUGCUGGCUUGACAGAGGGCUUCUUAAUUGGUGUGGACAAAAAGUAAUAUCCCUGCCAUGGUAGUCUACACAUUUCACGAUUCACGUUCGAUUUCAGCAUAUGGAUUGCUGUUCAGGUCAAGUCAAAUACAUAGCUGUUUAAAAGCAAGCAAGGUUAAGUCACUUAAAUUGCCUUCUCUUUGGACUUGGAAUGAAAGUUACCAAACUCGAUGAUAAAGUUUGUCACAAAGGAAGUAUAUAUAGAUGUGGCACAUUGUUUAUUUUAUUAUUAAAUAUUAUGGAAGUAUUUAAAUUUAAUGCUAAUGUUACCUUCCUUCCCUGAACAUGGCUAUUGCUUUAAAGGAAAUUUUAUAUCUGAAUCACUUCUGACUAUUCUAAGUCCAGUAGUUAUCAUUCUUUGGGGAAAGCCUUUUUUUGUCACAUUUUAGGAAUGCGUGUCUUUUGUAUAAAAUACUUUAUAUGUAAAUGCUGACAGUAGAAUAAGUAGAAUUGGGCUCUCUGCCAGUUCCUUAACCGGUCCUCAGUGGAGAACUGCUUUGACACAAAGUGCGUUUUACUAUUGUGAAUCUGAAACUAACUCUAAUAGUAACUGUCUUAUGAAAUGCUUGGGGACUGCAUAUAAUUUCUAAGUGCUAUAAAGGAAACUCCAGCCACCUCAUUAUACCAGUCCAAAAAAAAAAAAAAAGUGACCAGCCUACUUUCACUGGCACCUUGCAAUGGAAUUGUGGUUGCAGAGUAAAGAUGUUUAUGUGGAGUAUAAUAACUCCAAUCCCUAGAGACUUGGUAGGACAUGGAAAUGUGACCACCUGUGAACCCCGUUUAACCUCGUAUUGCAUACCAAUUUUAGCUUUAAAUAGAUCAACAAUCUCUAAUUUGAAACUAAAACAUCUUAUUUAAUUUUAAAAAAUAAUGUCAGUUUUGGCUAGUCUUUAAAAACAUUCAGCAUGUACCAAUAUGGUAUAAGCAGUAUUUUUGUUUCUCCAUCAAUUUCAAUUAAAGAUAAUGCAGUUAAAAAGCCAUAUUAUUGUCUUCCAGUGUAUGCAUGAAAUUAAGUUAAAAGAGGUAGUUCUAAAGCAAGACUCAGAACUUGAUAGGUAAAAUGAGAUGUCCCUAUCUAACAUCCUAUUUCAAGAGGAAAGAAAUAUUUUAAAUCAAAUAUCUCAUUCUAUUUGUAGAAAAGUACAUUUAGCUAUGUAUUCUGCUACUAACUCAAUUCUAAAAGUUUUCAUCAAAACAGUCUUUAAACAUAACAUUUGCUUAAAAUUUGGUUCUCCCGUCAAGGAGACAGUAGGUGGCUGUUAUCUUUACUUCAAAUUUUACUAAAUUUUAUAAAAACCUACUAUUUUUAUUAAUAUAAUUCACACAGCAUUCGAAUGUUUGACUUUUUUUCAGACUUCUUAGGAAAGGCAGCAUUUUACUUCAUUCAUUAAUUGCACCAUUUACGUCCUGAUUGCUGUGCAUGUGGAAUAUAUUGAAAGAUAAUAUUAAAGUGAACGAAUGCAGGAAUUUGGGAACUGAGCUGUGCAAGUGCUGAAGAAGGAGAUUUGUUUGGAGGAAACAGGAAAGAGAAAGAAAAGGAAGGAAAAAAUACAUAAUUUCAGGGACGAGAGAGAGAAGAAAAACGGGGACUAUGGGGAGAAAAAAGAUUCAGAUUACGAGGAUUAUGGAUGAACGUAACAGACAGGUGACAUUUACAAAGAGGAAAUUUGGGUUGAUGAAGAAGGCUUAUGAGCUGAGCGUGCUGUGUGACUGUGAGAUUGCGCUGAUCAUCUUCAACAGCACCAACAAGCUGUUCCAGUAUGCCAGCACCGACAUGGACAAAGUGCUUCUCAAGUACACGGAGUACAACGAGCCGCAUGAGAGCCGGACAAACUCAGACAUCGUGGAGACGUUGAGAAAGAAGGGCCUUAAUGGCUGUGACAGCCCAGACCCCGAUGCGGACGAUUCCGUAGGUCACAGCCCUGAGUCUGAGGACAAGUACAGGAAAAUUAACGAAGAUAUUGAUCUAAUGAUCAGCAGGCAAAGAUUGUGUGCUGUUCCACCUCCCAACUUCGAGAUGCCAGUCUCCAUCCCAGUGUCCAGCCACAACAGUUUGGUGUACAGCAACCCUGUCAGCUCACUGGGAAACCCCAACCUAUUGCCACUGGCUCACCCUUCUCUGCAGAGGAAUAGUAUGUCUCCUGGUGUAACACAUCGACCUCCAAGUGCAGGUAACACAGGUGGUCUGAUGGGUGGAGACCUCACAUCUGGUGCAGGCACCAGUGCAGGGAACGGGUAUGGCAAUCCCCGAAACUCACCAGGUCUGCUGGUCUCACCUGGUAACUUGAACAAGAAUAUGCAAGCAAAAUCUCCUCCCCCAAUGAAUUUAGGAAUGAAUAACCGUAAACCAGAUCUCCGAGUUCUUAUUCCACCAGGCAGCAAGAAUACGAUGCCAUCAGUGUCUGAGGAUGUCGACCUGCUUUUGAAUCAAAGGAUAAAUAACUCCCAGUCGGCUCAGUCAUUGGCUACCCCAGUGGUUUCCGUAGCAACUCCUACUUUACCAGGACAAGGAAUGGGAGGAUAUCCAUCAGCCAUUUCAACAACAUAUGGUACCGAGUACUCUCUGAGUAGUGCAGACCUGUCAUCUCUGUCUGGGUUUAACACCGCCAGCGCUCUUCACCUUGGUUCAGUAACUGGCUGGCAACAGCAACACCUACAUAACAUGCCACCAUCUGCCCUCAGUCAAUUGGGAGCUUGCACUAGCACUCAUUUAUCUCAGAGUUCAAAUCUCUCCCUGCCUUCUACUCAAAGCCUCAACAUCAAGUCAGAACCUGUUUCUCCUCCUAGAGACCGUACCACCACCCCUUCGAGAUACCCACAACACACGCGCCACGAGGCGGGGAGAUCUCCUGUUGACAGCUUGAGCAGCUGUAGCAGUUCGUACGACGGGAGCGACCGAGAGGAUCACCGGAACGAAUUCCACUCCCCCAUUGGACUCACCAGACCUUCGCCGGACGAAAGGGAAAGUCCCUCAGUCAAGCGCAUGCGACUUUCUGAAGGAUGGGCAACAUGAUCAGAUUAUUACUCACUAGUUUUUUUUUUUUCUUGCAGUGUGUGUGUGUGCUAUACCUUAAUGGGGAAGGGGGGUCGAUAUGCAUUAUAUGUGCCGUGUGUGGAAAAAAAAAAAGUCAGGUACUCUGUUUUGUAAAAGUACUUUUAAAUUGCCUCAGUGAUACAGUAUAAAGAUAAACAGAAAUGCUGAGAUAAGCUUAGCACUUGAGUUGUACAACAGAACACUUGUACAAAAUAGAUUUUAAGGCUAACUUCUUUUCACUGUUGUGCUCCUUUGCAAAAUGUAUGUUACAAUAGAUAGUGUCAUGUUGCAGGUUCAACGUUAUUUACAUGUAAAUAGACAAAAGGAAACAUUUGCCAAAAGCGGCAGAUCUUUACUGAAAGAGAGAGCAGCUGUUAUGCAACAUAUAGAAAAAUGUAUAGAUGCUUGGACAGACCCGGUAAUGGGUGGCCAUUGGUAAAUGUUAGGAACACACCAGGUCACCUGACAUCCCAAGAAUGCUCACAAACCUGCAGGCAUAUCAUUGGCGUAUGGCACUCAUUAAAAAGGAUCAAAGACCAUUAAAAGAGGACCAUACCUAUUUAAAAAAAUGUGGAGUUGGAGGGCUAACGUAUUUAAUUAAAUAAAUAAAUAAAUCUGGGUCUGCAUCUCUUAUUAAAUAAAAAUAUAAAAAUAUGUACAUUACAUUUUGCUUAUUUUCAUAUAAAAGGUAAGACAGAGUUUGCAAAGCAUUUGUGGCUUUUUGUAGUUUACUUAAGCCAAAAUGUGUUUUUUUCCCCUUGAUAGCUUCGCUAAUAUUUUAAACAGUCCUGUAAAAAACCAAAAAGGACUUUUUGUAUAGAAAGCACUACCCUAAGCCAUGAAGAACUCCAUGCUUUGCUAACCAAGAUAACUGUUUUCUCUUUGUAGAAGUUUUGUUUUUGAAAUGUGUAUUUCUAAUUAUAUAAAAUAUUAAGAAUCUUUUAAAAAAAUCUGUGAAAUUAACAUGCUUGUGUAUAGCUUUCUAAUAUAUAUAAUAUUAUGGUAAUAGCAGAAGUUUUGUUAUCUUAAUAGCGGGAGGGGGGUAUAUUUGUGCAGUUGCACAUUUGAGUAACUAUUUUCUUUCUGUUUUCUUUUACUCUGCUUACAUUUUAUAAGUUUAAGGUCAGCUGUCAAAAGGAUAACCUGUGGGGUUAGAACAUAUCACAUUGCAACACCCUAAAUUGUUUUUAAUACAUUAGCAAUCUAUUGGGUCAACUGACAUCCAUUGUAUAUACUAGUUUCUUUCAUGCUAUUUUUAUUUUGUUUUUUGCAUUUUUAUCAAAUGCAGGGCCCCUUUCUGAUCUCACCAUUUCACCAUGCAUCUUGGAAUUCAGUAAGUGCAUAUCCUAACUUGCCCAUAUUCUAAAUCAUCUGGUUGGUUUUCAGCCUAGAAUUUGAUACGCUUUUUAGAAAUAUGCCCAGAAUAGAAAAGCUAUGUUGGGGCACAUGUCCUGCAAAUAUGGCCCUAGAAACAAGUGAUAUGGAAUUUACUUGGUGAAUAAGUUAUAAAUUCCCACAGAAGAAAAAUGUGAAAGACUGGGUGCUAGACAAGAAGGAAGCAGGUAAAGGGAUAGUUGCUUUGUCAUCCGUUUUUAAUUAUUUUAACUGACCCUUGACAAUCUUGUCAGCAAUAUAGGACUGUUGAACAAUCCCGGUGUGUCAGGACCCCCAAAUGUCACUUCUGCAUAAAGCAUGUAUGUCAUCUAUUUUUUCUUCAAUAAAGAGAUUUAAUAGCCAUUUCAAGAAAUCCCAUAAAGAACCUCUCUAUGUCCCUUUUUUUAAUUUAAAAAAAUGACUCUUGUCUAAUAUUCGUCUAUAAGGGAUUAAUUUUCAGACCCUUUAAUAAGUGAGUGCCAUAAGAAAGUCAAUAUAUAUUGUUUAAAAGAUAUUUCAGUCUAGGAAAGAUUUUCCUUCUCUUGGAAUGUGAAGAUCUGUCGAUUCAUCUCCAAUCAUAUGCAUUGACAUACACAGCAAAGAAGAUAUAGGCAGUAAUAUCAACACUGCUAUAUCAUGUGUAGGACAUUUCUUAUCCAUUUUUUCUCUUUUACUUGCAUAGUUGCUAUGUGUUUCUCAUUGUAAAAGGCUGCCGCUGGGUGGCAGAAGCCAAGAGACCUUAUUAACUAGGCUAUAUUUUUCUUAACUUGAUCUGAAAUCCACAAUUAGACCACAAUGCACCUUUGGUUGUAUCCAUAAAGGAUGCUAGCCUGCCUUGUACUAAUGUUUUAUAUACUAAAAAAAAAAAAAAUCUAUCAACCAUUUCAUAUAUAUCCCACUACUCAAGGUAUCCAUGGAACAUGAAAGAAUAACAUUUAUGCAGAGGAAAAACAAAAACAUCCCUGAAAAUAUACACACUCAUACACACACACGCACAGGGGAAAAAAAUAAGAAAAUCAUUUUCCUCACCAUAGACUUGAUCACAUCCUUACAACCCAUCCUUCUAACUUGAUGUGUAUAAAAUAUGCAAACAUGUCACAAAUGUUCUUUGUCAUUUCAAAAUACUUUAGUAUAUCAAUAUCAGUAGAUACCAGUGGGUGGGAAAGGGUCAUUACAUGAAAAUAUGAAGAAAUAGCCAUAUUAGUUUUUUAACCUGCAAUUUGCCUCAGCAACAAAGAAAAAGUGAAUUUUUAAUGCUGAAGAUAAAGUAAGCUAAAGUACCAGCAGAAGCCUUGGCUAUUUAUAGCAGUUCUCACAAUAGUUUUAUAAGAACAUGAAGAGAACAGAAUCACUUGAAAAUGGAUGCCAGUCAUCUCUUGUUCCCACUACUGAAUUCUUAUAAAGUGGUGGCAAGAUAGCGAAGGGAUAAUCUGAGAAUUUUUUAGAGAUGAUUUAAUGAGAAGAAGCACAAUUUUGAUUGUGAUGAGUCACUUUCUGUAAACAAUCUUGGUCUAUCUUUACCCUUAUACCUUAUCUGUAAUUUACCAUUAUUGUAUUUGCAAAGCUAGUAUGGUUUUUAAUCACAGUAAAUCCUUUGUAUUCCAGACUUUAGGGCAGAGCCCUGAGGGAGUAUUAUUUUACAUAACCCGUCCUAGAGUAACAUUUUAGGCAACAUUCUUCAUUGCAAGUGAAAGAUCCAUAAGUGGCAUUUUACACGACUGCGAGUAUUGUUAUAUCUAAUCCUAUUUUAAAAGAUUUUUGGUAAUAUGAAGCUUGAAUACUGGUAACAGUGAUGCAAUAUACGCAAGCUGCACAACCUGUAUAUUGUAUGCAUUGCUGCGUGGAGGCUGUUUAUUUCAACCUUUUUAAAAAUUGUGUUUUUUAGUAAAAUGGCUUAUUUUUUCCCAAAGGUGGAAUUUAGCAUUUUGUAAUGAUGAAUAUAAAAAUACCUGUCAUCCCCAGAUCAUUUAAAAGUUAACUAAAGUGAGAAUGAAAAAACAAAAUUCCAAGACACUUUUUAAAAGAAUGUCUGCCCUCACACACUUUUAUGGAUUUGUUUUUCUUACAUACCCAUCUUUUAACUUAGAGAUAGCAUUUUUUGCCCUCUUUAUUUUGUUGUUUGUUUCUCCAGAGAGUAAACGCUUUGUAGUUCUUUCUUUAAAAAACAUUUUUUUUAAAGAAGAAGCCACUUGAACCCUCAAUAAAGGCUGUUGCCUAAGCAUGGCAUACUUCAUCUGUUCUCAUUUGUGCCAUCUGCCGUGAUGUCGUCACUUUUAUGGCGUUAAUUUCCUGCCACUACAGAUCUUUUGAAGAUUGCUGGAAUACUGGUGUCUGUUAGAAUGCUUCAGACUACAGAUGUAAUUAAAGGCUUUUCUUAAUAUGUUUUAACCAAAGAUGUGGAGCAAUCCAAGCCACAUAUCUUCUACAUCAAAUUUUUCCAUUUUGGUUAUUUUCAUAAUCUGGUAUUGCAUUUUGCCUUCCCUGUUCAUACCUCAAAUUGAUUCAUACCUCAGUUUAAUUCAGAGAGGUCAGUUAAGUGACGGAUUCUGUUGUGGUUUGAAUGCAGUACCAGUGUUCUCUUCGAGCAAAGUAGACCUGGGUCACUGUAGGCAUAGGACUUGGAUUGCUUCAGAUGGUUUGCUGUAUCAUUUUUCUUCUUUUUCUUUUCCUGGGGACUUGUUUCCAUUAAAUGAGAGUAAUUAAAAUCGCUUGUAAAUGAGGGCAUACAAGCAUUUGCAACAAAUAUUCAAAUAGAGGCUCACAGCGGCAUAAGCUGGACUUUGUCGCCACUAGAUGACAAGAUGUUAUAACUAAGUUAAACCACAUCUGUGUAUCUCAAGGGACUUAAUUCAGCUGUCUGUAGUGAAUAAAAGUGGGAAAUUUUCAAAAGUUUCUCCUGCUGGAAAUAAGGUAUAAUUUGUAUUUUGCAGACAAUUCAGUAAAGUUACUGGCUUUCUUAGUGA